AGACUAGAGGCCAUGGGCUCCUAGUUAUGCCUGCGGGGUUUCAUGGGAGCUUCAUACAAACUUCUUUCCAUAGCUGCCCCACUCAGGAUGCCCACAUUACACCUAUCUGAGCAGGACACAGCACAGGCCUUCCCAGGAAUAUGAGGAUGAGCUUCCUACCGCACUGGAAACCACAUCACAACCUCCAGCUUAGAAAAUGUCCGAACCCAAAGGAAGUACAUUUCAGCAGCUGCUGGAGCGACCAUUCCACAUUUCCCUUUCUAUAGAUCUGCUUGGCCUUUGAUGGACCCUGCUGGAACAUCUUCAAAGAGGCAGAGAAACUACGGCUAACAGAAGGAACUGUAGAAGGAAUCUCCGAAAAUAAAAUCGCUUUAAAGAUAAGGCAGGGGAGGGGGUGAGCAGAGCACAGGGCGGGUACAUGCCCUGAGAAGAAUGCGUGAGGCUGGGCCAGCUGGUGGGUCUGGGCCGAGAGCUCAUCCCACUGCUAGGGCACUUGUGGCAAAGGUACUUGGCACCAGACCUGCCAAAGGCCUUAGGCCCCACCAGGACGUGGGUGGAAAUCUGACUCCGAGCUCACGACAGCGAGGCAGAAGACCACCGGGCUAACCUCAGAGGAACCCGAGGUUAACCAAGGCCUGUCUGCACCGUGUUGUUCUUCAGGACGCUACCCUGCUUUUGCUGCCCCUCACCACUGCCGUCUUGGCACAGUUGAACACAGUGGUGCCUCUUGGACACCAUCGCCAAGUAGGGUCUCAGUGCCAGUGUACCCCGACUGUCUCCCCAGAAGGAUGCAGCAGACGUACCUGCAUGUGCCCAGGGUGUCCAGCUCUGCACUGUGAACCUAGGCUGCUCCCAAAUCUGGAUGAGGACAUGAACUGCCAACCACCCGGCUGGUGGGAGAGUGCCCCCACAGGACACGGAGAUGUGGGCUUGCAUCCUGCUUUGUCCUAAUGGCUCAGAGUCACCUUGUUCAUGCCGAAGGAACAUGCCCUAUGCACCAGGGAAGAUGAUCACUGUGAAAAGCCAUAACUUUACACUGCCCAGUCAGUGAGGACAGUGUUGACCUGUCCCUGAACCUGGCCAUCCUCUCCCUGGGGGCUCAACCCGUCGGGGAAGAGUCUGGGGCCCUCGUCCACCCAUAAAUCUCACAGUCUUCACUGCAAAGCAGGGUGGGAGGGCAGAGGGCCCAUCUGUUGCUGGAGGGCUGCAGUGCUGCGGGAAGAAUGCUCCCCAGGAUGAGACUGGGAUGCCCAGACUCGCACAUUGCCGUGGGUGUUUUGAGCUUUGGUUGUGGUGGAAAACUGUGCCUGUGUGCUGGCCAGCCCCUGCACUGGCAGCUGCCCUGUGUAACAAAUCCCUAGUCAUCCCGUGCCUCAGUUUCCCCUUCAGCUUGGUACUGAGGUACCCUCAGGCUGAAGAGAGACGUGACCGUAAGAGAAGCCACCCGAGCCAGGACAACAGGGCCCAGGUGCUGGGCACCUGCAUACGGCUUGCAAGCUGCCUGGCUGUAGUCAGACUAUUUCCAGCUUCAGAGGUUGCUGCAGCUCAUUUCACGUGUGUCAGUGUUGAAGCCAAGCAGCCAACAAGAGCACCUGCUUCCACGAGAGGAUAAGAUGUCUCUGCAGCAAGGAAGAAGCAAAGCUACCUUGCAGAGAGGACCAGCACGUGUCUCGCAGAGGGGCUGAGAGGCGGUAGCCCACCCUGGCUUGGCAGUGGGACAGCAGCACCAAUGGAGCAGUGGGGACAUGACACAUGGGAAUUUCUGACAUAUCUUUUCCCACUCUGACCUUGACAGACACAAUAAAAAGGGGCUUUGCUGCACACACACAGCCACUCAGUCCUAUCACCGAGCAUUCAGGUGUCUUUCACUCUUCCUUUGCUGCUGGCAAGCCUUCUCCCUCCAGCCGGGCAAGAUGUCUAUGCUAGACAUGAGCGAGUUUGGGGAGGCUGCUGAAUACCUCCGGAAAAGCUACACAGAGCAGCUGAAGCUUCAGACAAUUCCAUUCGAUGGAAAGAAGCGAGCUUGGAUUCCGGAUGAGAAAGAGGCUUAUAUUGAAGUAGAAAUCAAAGAAAGUGCUGGUGGCAAAGUCACUGUGGAAACCAAAGACAAGCAAACGCGAGUUGUCAAGGAGGAUGAGCUGCAGCAGAUGAACCCCCCCAAGUUCGACAUGAUCGAAGACAUGGCCAUGCUGACGCACCUCAACGAGGCCUCCGUGCUGUACAACCUGAGGCGCCGCUACGCCCACUGGAUGAUCUAUACCUAUUCGGGCCUGUUCUGCGUCACCAUCAACCCAUACAAGUGGCUUCCCGUCUACACCGCUCCCGUGGUGGCGGCCUACAAGGGCAAGCGGAGGUCUGAGGCUCCCCCCCACAUCUACUCCAUCGCGGACAACGCCUACAACGACAUGCUGCGCAACCGCGAGAACCAGUCCAUGCUCAUCACCGGAGAAUCUGGUGCUGGUAAGACUGUAAACACCAAGCGGGUCAUUCAGUACUUUGCCAUUGUCGCAGCCUUGGGCGACACACCGGGCAAGAAAGGAGCAUCUGUUGCCACUAAAACUGGGGGCACCCUUGAAGAUCAAAUCAUUGAGGCAAACCCAGCUAUGGAAGCUUUUGGCAAUGCCAAAACCAUAAGAAAUGACAACUCCUCGCGUUUUGGUAAGUUCAUCCGGAUCCAUUUUGGCCCCUCAGGGAAGCUGGCCUCUGCAGACAUCGACAUCUAUCUUUUGGAAAAAUCAAGAGUGAUUUUCCAGCAACCCAAAGAGCGAAGCUACCAUAUCUACUACCAGAUCCUCUCUGGGAAGAAACCAGAGCUGCAGGAUAUGCUGCUGCUCUCCCUCAACCCCUUCGACUACCACUUCUGCUCUCAGGGUGUAACAACUGUGGACAACCUGGAUGACGGCGAGGAACUCAUGGCAACAGAUCAUGCCAUGGACAUCUUGGGCUUCAGCAAUGAUGAGAAAUACGGCUCCUAUAAAAUAGUGGGCGCUAUCAUGCACUUCGGCAACAUGAAGUUCAAGCAGAAGCAGCGGGAAGAGCAGGCAGAGGCUGACGGCACUGAAAGUGCUGACAAAGCUGCCUACCUCAUGGGAAUCAGCUCAGCUGAUCUCAUCAAAGGGUUGCUCCAUCCUCGCGUGAAAGUGGGCAAUGAAUACGUGACCAAAGGUCAGAAUGUGGAACAGGUUGUCUACGCUGUGGGAGCCCUGGCUAAAGCGACCUAUGACCGCAUGUUCAAGUGGCUGGUGGCUCGGAUCAACAAGACCCUAGACACCAAGCUGGCCAGACAGUUCUUCAUCGGAGUACUGGACAUUGCAGGCUUCGAGAUUUUUGAAUUUAACAGCUUUGAGCAGCUGUGCAUCAAUUUCACCAAUGAGAAGCUGCAGCAGUUCUUCAACCACCACAUGUUUGUCCUGGAGCAAGAAGAGUACAAGAAAGAAGGCAUCGAAUGGGUCUUCAUUGACUUUGGCCUGGACCUGCAGGCUUGCAUCGACCUGAUUGAGAAGCCACUGGGCAUCCUGUCCAUCCUCGAAGAGGAGUGCAUGUUCCCAAAAGCCUCCGACAUGUCGUUCAAAGCCAAGCUCUAUGACAACCAUAUUGGAAAGUCACCUAACUUCCAGAAGCCUCGACCAGAUAAAAAGCGGAAAUAUGAGACCCACUUUGAGCUGGUGCACUAUGCUGGUGUGGUGCCAUACAACAUCAUUGGGUGGCUGGACAAGAACAAGGACCCCCUGAAUGAGACAGUGGUGGCAGUCUUCCAGAAAUCCCAGAACAAGCUCCUGGCCUCCCUGUAUGAGAACUAUGUGGGCUCCAGUUCAGAGGAAGCUCACAAGCCAGGGACCAAGGAGAAACGUAAGAAGGCAGCUUCCUUCCAAACAGUGUCCCAGCUGCACAAGGAGAAUCUCAACAAGCUGAUGACCAACCUGCGCUCCACUCAGCCCCACUUUGUCCGCUGCAUCAUCCCCAAUGAGACAAAGACCCCAGGAGCCAUGGACGCUUUCCUGGUGCUGCACCAGCUGCGGUGUAAUGGUGUCCUUGAAGGCAUACGCAUCUGCCGUAAGGGAUUCCCCAACAGGAUCCUCUACGCAGACUUCAAGCAGCGCUACCGUAUCCUGAAUCCAACAGCCAUCCCAGAUGACAAGUUUGUGGACAGCAGAAAGGCCACAGAGAAGCUGCUGAGCUCCCUGGAUCUUGACCACUCACAGUACAAGUUUGGUCAUACCAAGGUGUUUUUCAAGGCUGGUUUGCUGGGUCUGUUGGAAGAGAUGCGAGAUGAGCGUCUGGCCAAGAUCCUGACCAUGCUGCAGGCCAGAAUCCGUGGGCAUCUUAUGCGCAUUGAGUAUCAAAAGAUCAUCAGCAGGAGGGAAGCCCUCUAUACCAUCCAGUGGAAUAUCCGGGCUUUCAAUGCUGUCAAGAACUGGUCCUGGAUGAAGCUGUUCUUUAAGAUCAAACCUUUACUCAAGUCUGCUCAGACUGAGAAGGAAAUGGCCAACCUGAAGGAGGAAUUCCAGAAGGUGAAAGAGGCUCUGGAGAAGUCAGAGGCUAAGAGGAAGGAGCUGGAAGAGAAGCAGGUCUCCAUGAUCCAGGAGAAGAAUGACCUCGCUCUCCAGCUGCAGGCGGAGCAAGACAACCUGGCAGAUGCGGAGGAGCGCUGUGACCUGCUGAUCAAGUCCAAGAUCCAGCUGGAGGCCAAGGUGAAGGAGCUGACAGAGCGUCUAGAGGAUGAGGAGGAGAUGAACUCAGACCUCACAGCCAAGAAACGCAAGCUGGAGGAUGAGUGUGCAGAGCUGAAGAAGGACAUUGAUGACCUAGAGAUCACACUGGCCAAGGUGGAGAAGGAGAAGCAUGCCACGGAGAACAAGGUUAAAAACCUGAUUGAAGAGAUGGCCGCUCUGGAUGAGAUCAUUGCGAAGCUGACAAAAGAGAAGAAAGCGCUGCAAGAGGCCCAUCAGCAGGCCCUGGAUGACCUGCAGGCCGAGGAAGACAAAGUUAACACACUGACCAAAGCCAAAGUCAAACUGGAGCAGCAAGUGGAUGAUUUGGAAAGCUCUCUUGAACAAGAAAAGAAAAUCCGCAUGGACUUGGAGAGAGCAAAGCGGAAACUUGAAGGUGACUUGAAGUUAACACAAGAGUCUGUAAUGGAUCUGGAGAAUGACAAACAGCAGCUGGAGGAGAAACUCAAAAAGAAAGACUUUGAAAUAAGUCAGCUGAACUCACGGAUUGAAGAUGAGCAAGUCCUUGAGGCCCAGCUGCAGAAGAAGAUCAAGGAGCUCCAGGCCCGGAUUGAGGAGCUGGAGGAGGAGCUGGAGGCUGAGCGCACGGCCAGAGCCAAGGUGGAAAAGCAGCGGGCAGAAGUGUCGCGGGAGCUGGAGGAGCUGAGUGAGCGGCUGGAGGAGGCUGGUGGAGCGACGGCCACGCAACUGGAGAUGAACAAGAAGCGGGAGGCAGAGUUCCUGAAGCUGCGGCGGGACCUGGAGGAGGCAACCCUGCAGCAUGAGUCCACGGCAGCUGCCCUGCGGAAGAAGCAUGCAGACAGUGUGGCGGAGCUGAGUGAGCAGAUCGACAACCUGCAACGUGUCAAGCAGAAGCUGGAGAAGGAGAAGAGUGAGAUGAAGAUGGAGGUGGAUGACCUGUCAUCCAACAUUGAAUAUCUCACCAAGAACAAGGCCAAUGCUGAGAAGCUGUGUCGCACCUAUGAGGACCAGCUGAGCGAAGCCAAGUCCAAGGUGGACGAGCUGCAGCGACAACUGGCUGAUGUGAGCACGCAGCGUGGCAGGCUGCAGACCGAGAACGGGGAGCUGAGCCGGCUGCUGGAGGAGAAGGAGUCCUUCAUCAACCAGCUGAGCCGUGGCAAGACUUCGUUCACACAGACCAUCGAGGAGCUCAAGAGACAGCUAGAGGAAGAGACCAAGAGCAAGAACGCCCUGGCCCAUGCCCUGCAAGCCUCCCGGCAUGACUGCGACCUGUUGCGGGAACAGUAUGAGGAGGAGGUAGAGGCCAAGAGUGAGCUCCAGAGAACCCUCUCCAAAGCCAAUGCGGAAGUGGCCCAGUGGAGAACCAAGUAUGAGACGGAUGCCAUCCAAAGGACAGAAGAGCUUGAGGAAGCCAAGAAGAAACUGGCCAUCCGGCUGCAGGAGGCAGAGGAGGCAGUGGAGGCUGCUCACGCUAAGUGCUCCUCACUGGAAAAGACCAAGCACCGGCUGCAGACAGAGAUUGAGGACCUCUCGGUGGACCUGGAGCGAGCCAACUCAGCCUGCGCCGCCCUGGACAAGAAGCAACGUAACUUUGACAGGAUCUUGGCUGAGUGGAAGCAGAAGUAUGAGGAGACCCAGGCAGAGCUGGAAGCAUCACAGAAGGAGUCGCGUAGCCUGAGCACAGAGCUCUUUAAGCUCAAGAAUGCCUAUGAGGAGUCCCUGGACAACCUGGAGACCCUCAAGAGGGAGAACAAGAACCUGCAAGAGGAAAUUGCUGAUCUGACUGACCAGAUCAGUCUGAGUGGCAAAACCAUCCACGAGCUGGAGAAGCUGAAGAAGGCCCUGGAGAGUGAGAAGAGCGAUAUACAGGCAGCCCUGGAGGAGGCUGAGGGGGCCCUGGAGCAUGAAGAGAGCAAGACACUGCGUAUCCAGCUGGAGCUGAACCAGAUCAAGGCUGACGUGGACAGGAAGCUGGCAGAGAAGGACGAGGAGUUUGAGAACCUGAGACGAAACCACCAGCGUGCCAUGGACUCCAUGCAGGCCACCCUGGACGCAGAGGCUCGGGCCAAGAACGAGGCUGUCAGGCUGAGGAAGAAAAUGGAGGGAGACCUGAAUGAGAUGGAGAUCCAGCUGAGCCAUGCCAACCGCCAGGCGGCUGAGUUCCAGAAGCUGGGCCGCCAGCUUCAGGCCCAGAUCAAGGACCUGCAAAUUGAGCUGGACGACACCCAGCGCCGCAACGAUGACCUGAAGGAGCAGGCAGCUGCACUGGAGCGACGCAACAACUUGCUGCUGGCGGAGGUGGAAGAGCUGCGGGCAGCCCUGGAGCAGGCUGAGAGGAGCAGGAAGUUGGCAGAGCAAGAGCUGUUGGAGGCCACCGAGAGGGUCAACCUGCUCCACUCACAGAACACGGGCCUGAUCAACCAAAAGAAGAAGCUGGAGACCGACAUUUCACAGCUGAGCAGUGAGGUGGAGGAUGCGGUGCAGGAGUGUCGCAAUGCUGAGGAGAAGGCGAAGAAGGCCAUCACAGAUGCUGCCAUGAUGGCAGAGGAGCUGAAGAAGGAGCAGGACACGAGUGCACACUUGGAGCGGAUGAAGAAGAACAUGGAGCAGACCAUCAAGGACCUGCAGAUGCGCCUGGAUGAAGCGGAGCAGAUUGCUCUCAAGGGGGGCAAGAAGCAGAUCCAGAAGCUGGAGGCCAGGGUGCGUGAGCUGGAGGGGGAGCUGGACAUGGAGCAGAAGAAGAUGGCCGAAGCCCAGAAGGGCAUUCGCAAGUAUGAGCGGAGGAUCAAGGAGCUGAGCUACCAGGCUGAGGAAGACCGGAAGAACCUGACACGGAUGCAGGAUCUGAUCGACAAGCUGCAGAGCAAGGUCAAGAGCUAUAAGCGCCAGUUUGAGGAGGCGGAACAGCAAGCCAACUCCAACCUGGUGAAGUACCGCAAGGUGCAGCACGAGCUGGACGAUGCGGAGGAGCGGGCUGACAUCGCCGAGACGCAGGUUAACAAGCUGCGUGCCCGCACCAGGGAGGUGGUCAUCACCUCCAAGCACGAGGAAUAGGAGCGCAGACCCGUGCCCAGUCCUGUCCCCCAUCCGCCUGCUGUACUUCGGAGGCAAAUGGCUGCAACAGUCACUGCCAGCUUUGCACUGAGUGAAUAAACAUAGCUCUCUACCA